GCGAAACGCAUCGCCGUGGUACGCCGACCGAGUAUCGUGUGCCGAGCGGCUUUUCAGUUGUCCCCUCACACCGUGGCACGGAAAAUGUUCGCGGAAAGCGCACCGUAAUCGUUCGUGACCGCGACGCACAUCCGAUUCGCGCCGUCCGCACGUUUCACGUCUCGUUUUUGACCAGAUAACGGUACCUAUUCAAGAGCCUCGACCCAUCGCACCCCCCUGUGGUCCGACGACUGACGAGAUAUGACUAGUAGAGGACGGUUUGCUGGACUCAUGGAAGGUCAUGUGACGGCGACGGCGACUUCGGACGGUCGGUAAAAUACACGAAAAUCCGGACAGAAACGACCGGAAAUAAAAAUCAAACGGACGCCGGACGCGGUAUCGACUUGCUCACGGUCAGGGCGAUUCGCCGGUCAGCACCGUUAUGUUCAACCCGCCCAAACUUCACAAGCACGACUGGUUCAUGACCAUGGUAACCACGCUGAUCGAGUCGUCAGUGAAAGGCGGCGGCGGCGGUGACGACGGCGACGGUGACGACGACGACCACGGUUGGUCCGGUCUGUACGGCCCGAACGGCACCUUUGACGGAGGCGGCGGCGGUGGCGACGGCCCGUUCAACUUCACCGUCAAGCGGGCGCUGGACGCGAUAUUCGAGAACCAGCUGGACGUGGACAAGGUGCUGGUGCUGUACCUGGAGGUGGCCAUCGUGGUAGCGUACGGCGUGCUGUUCGUCAUCGGGCUCGUGUCCAACGGGCUGGUGUGCUUCGUCGUGUUCCGUCAGUGCGGCAAGAAGAACGUGCCCAGCCAGGGGCCGUCGCCCCGCAACCUGUACAUCGUCAACCUGGCGUUCGCCGACAUCAUCAUGUGCGUGGUGUGCAUGCCGUUCACGCUGUGGGCGCUCAUGUCCCGCCGCUGGACGUGGGGCCUCAUCAUGUGCAAGACGGUGCCGGCCGCCCAGGGCGCCAACAUAACCGUGUCCGCGUGCACCAUAACCGCCAUCGCUCUGGACAGGUACUUCACGAUCGUCCGGAACCCCCGGGGCUCGGUGUUCCGGUGCAGCGUUGCCAAGACGCUGGUGCUCAUCUGGAUGGUGUCGUUCGCGGCCAUGGUGCCACUGCUGUUGUACCAGAACGUCGAGGAGGUGCACGUCGGACCCAUCCGGUUGUACGAGGCGUGUGUCGAGAAAUGGCCGAACCGCAUGGCCCAACAGACGUUCACCGUCGGACUGGCAGUCGCCCAGUUCGUGUUGCCAUUUACUACCAUAUCGCUGAUCCACCUGAAGAUAUCGUCCUACCUCACAGUGCACCUCAAACACCCCGCCCUCCCAUCCAAAGAGAUCAACUGUAGACGAGUGCGGAGAGAGCUGAGCCGGAAUAAGCGGACCAUGUGGAUACUGUCAUCGAUCGCAGUGGUGUUUGCGAUCAGCUGGCUACCGCUGACAGUGUUCACGCUGCUCGUCGAAUUCCAGCCGCACCUGAUCGAUUCCACGGACGCACUGUACAAGGCGUUCGCGAUCGUCCACAUGAUGGCCAUGUCGACCACGUGCACCAACCCGCUGCUGUACGGCUGGCUCAACACCAACUUCCGGCGGGACAUAUCCGGUAUAUGUCGACAGAUGUGGUAUUGUUGCGGUGACCAGAAACCACCGCCCAGACGGAGGCGGUACCCGUCCGUGGCCACCGACUACCGCGGUCCGAACGACCGGCGGCUGGGGCUUGGGUCCGAAGCCGCCGGCGGAUGUGGUGGCGGAGGUGGCGGUGGCGGCGGCUUCGGCGGGGGUGGCGGUAGCCGGCGGCACCAGAUGCACCACGACCCCGAGACCACCGGCAUGUCGAUGGUGGUCAAGAGCGACCGGAGGUUCAGCACCAGCUACCUGACAACGCUGACUACGAUCACGUCGCGGUCGCAACCGGGUUCCAGCAUGGGCCGCGUCGAGAACGUCUAGAGACAGUAUGGUUUAAUCGUCGAUGAUUUACUAUAGUAUAUUAUACAUUAAUAAUAAUAAUACGAUAACGAUAAUGAUGAAGUCUUGCCGUUCACUUCGGCGGGGCGUGUAUACUAUAAUAGUAUAAUAUUGUUAUUCGGGGGGAAAAAAACAUUAGGGUGGCAUUGUGAUGCUAUUACAAUAGCCAAAAAUAUUAUGUUAGAAUAACGACAAAUAAUAAGACUACUUACGCGUUGAUAGCACUGACGGUAACCUACGGCUGUAGGACGCGUCGCCGGGUUACCUGCCGGUUACCCUGCAAGCAUACUAAAUGUAGGUAUACAUGAAUUUGCCCAUGUGCCGACGAAAUGGUGCUAACGGGUGUUUUAUUUUUCUACUAUUAUAAUAAUAAAAAUAAUAUGAAAUUAUUAAUCCUAAAGUUCGUCAGGAAACAAAAGUGUUGAGUACAGGUCUCGGCCCACGACAUAUUUUUUGAAAACAUGUGCAAGUCGCAUUUUAGGGCAGUUAACGGUAUUGGUUUGACACAGAAAUUAUGUUCUAUACAUACAGAGUGAUUCACCAAGUAUUCUCACUUCUUGUUUGCUGAAACAAUGCGUUUAUUUAAAUUCUGAUUUUUUUUUCGAAUCUAUAAUAUUACGGACUAUACAGACGUACUAAAAUACCGUAUUUUCAAUUACUUUGAUUUAUUUUGUACUAUAUUUUAAGAAGUACCCUGUGGCGGUACAAACCUUUUUUUUUUAAAUAACAGCCACGAUAUUUUACUGUAAGUUAUUUAGCAGAUGAUUUUUUUACAAAUUUAGCCUAACCUAACCUAGCCUAUUUAAAUUGAAAUUCUAACACGUAGUUUUUCAAGUUAUUACACAUUGUGCACAAAGGAUAAUAAUCUAAGAUAAAGGCUUUAAUGAUAUAAUAAUUUAAAUAAUUAAUACUUAUAAAUUACCGUUUUAUAAUUUGUAAAAAUUGUCUGAGUAGGUAUUAUAGUAUGUACGAGAUUAAAUAUUACAUCUAUUUUAUAUUUAUGUAAAACCAUUUUAAAGGACUAUUAUCCUUGCGCAUACGUUUUAAUAACUCGGAAUCUAUUCGUACCAAUUUUUAUUUAGAAUUUAUAUAAAAACAAUUUUUAAAAAAAUUAUACUACGGUCUUUAACUAUCCUUGAAAAUUAAGAAUUUGAAUAAAAUAUGCAUUGUUAGAGGAAAAAAAGAAUGGUGAGCAUUUUGGUCAAUCAUCCUGAAUAAGUACACCCCAAGAGACACCACGAGGAUAGAAAUUCUUAAAAUUCAACAGUUUUGAAAACUCUCAAAGUAACAGUUUUUUUUCGCGGUGUAGAGUCAUUAAACUGCUUCUAAAUAAUUUAUUUUACUCACUUAUUGUAUAUAUUAUAUUAUACUGUAGUUGUUAUUAUGUGUAAAAGAAAAACGACAUUUUUUAAUAACUUUACAGCGUAAAAAUGACAUUGUUAAAAUUAAUAUUUUAAAAACCAUUAUCCACGGUUCAAAAAAAAAAGUACUUAUUUUUCAUUCAGUACACAGUUUAGAGUAAAUGUAUUAAAAGAACUUGAGUGAGUAUACUUUAAAUUAAUAAGUAUUCAUCAUGUCUAAAUUAUUAAUAAUAUUUUAAAUUAAAACUAAGAAUUCGAAAAAUUUUUUCAAAAUAAUAUUAUUAUUAUAUCAGUCUCGAUAACUAUAUCAUCUUCUGAAGUUAAAGUUAUAUAAAUAUAAUAUCAUUAACUCAUAGAAAA